AUGAAGCAACACCACGAGAACCAACAGGAUGAAGAUUAUGACGCUGAGUCUGCUCGACAACAGACCGAGAACGAUGAGCUUGAAGAAGGCAUCUUUCGGUCGAUGAUUGACUCGAUCGGCUGGAUCGUGAAGGUUCAGAAGGAAGCGUUUUUCCCUGUGUUCAAGGCGCACUUGUUGACAUUCGUGACGCCGCUAUUGGAACAGAAGACGGUGUCGAUGCUGCGCGGUCAGGCUAUCUGCAUGAUUGAUGAUAUCAUUGAGCACUGCGAUACUUCUGCCCAGGAGCUGCUGCCACUGUUUCUGAACCACCUUGUUCAGGGUCUUGAGGAUCAGAGUCCGUCAGUAAUCCAAGCGUCAGCUUACGGUAUUGGUGUCAGUGCUGAGAAGUGUGGCGCUGCCUUCGAUCCCUUCUGUCAGAAUGCGCUUGAGAAGAUGGUGCACUUGAUUAACGUCUCAACGAACGUGGAUGAUGACGAAGUUGGUGCGGCGUGUGACAACGCUAUUAGCGCUGUGGCCAAGAUCUGUUUGGCUCGCGAAGGUGCUGUAGACGCUGCCAAAAUGUGGCCCAUGUGGCUCAGCUGGCUGCCACUUCGUACGGAUGUGCUUGAAGCGCAGGAGGUGCAUGCUCGACUAAUUUCAUUGGUGAGCAGCGGCAAUGCUCAUGUGCUUGGCGCCAAUUACUCUAACCUCGUCCAGAUCCUGAAGGUGUUCGCAUCAGCACUUCUAUUCGACAUGGCGGCGGAGGAGGACGCCGCAGAGGACGAGGAGGUGUCGACUAUUUCAGAGGAGUCAAAGCCGAAACUCCGUGAAUUGCUGGUCAAGUUGCAAUCUCAGCUGCCUGUUUCAGUGGUGCAGAAUGCCUGGUCGAAACUUAGCGGUGAUGAGCAGCAGGCUCUGUCUCAGCUGUAA